AUGGGCUUCUUCAUCGGUGAUCUUUAUCGACACAUAGAAGAAUUACAUACAAAACAAUUCGGCAAUCAGCAAUCCACCCAAGAAUUCCGUGUCUACCGAGGUCAAGGUUUGGCCAAGGUAGAUUUGGAACAAAUAAUGCAAACAAAAGGUGGACUUAUGUCAUUUCAUAACUUUUUAUCCACCAGCAAGGUUGAAAAUGUUUCUCUUGAUUUUGCUCGUCGUGCUCUUUCGAAUCCUGAUCGGGUUGGGAUUCUCUUUGUUAUGUUGAUUGAUUCUUCGAAGUCAUCGACACCCUUUGCUUCAAUUACUGACGUUAGUGUCUAUCAAGAUACAGAAGAUGAAGUACUCUUCUCCAUGAACACAGUUUUUCGCAUCGGAGAUGUCAAGCAAAUGGAUGAAAAUAGUCGUCUUUGGCAAGUGGACUUGACGCUUACCAGUGAUCACGAUCCAGAACUUCACAUACUUACUGAACGUAUAAGAGAAGAAACUUUUCCAGACAGUGAAGGAUGGGAACGAUUAGGUUUAAUAUUAAUUAGACUGGGCCACUCGGGCAAGGCAGAAGAAGUCUACGAAAUGAUGCUUGAACAAGCAUCUAAUGAUCGUGAAAAAGCGGGUAUUUAUCAUCAAAUUGGAUCGACCAAACGGGAUAAAGGAGAAUACAGAGAAGCAAUUGCAAAUUAUGAAAAAUCACUUGAAAUUCGACAACAAUUUCUUGGUCCAAAUCAUCCUAGCAUGACUAGAUCCUACAACAACAUCGGAUUGGUAUAUCACAGCAUGGGCGAGUAUUCGAAAGCACUUACAUAUCAUGAAAAAGCACUUGAAAUACGACAAAAAUCUCUUCGUCCAGAUGAUCCUGUACUGGCUUCUUCCUACAAUAACAUCGGUAUGGUGUACGAAAACAUAGGCGAAUAUUCGCAAGCACUUUCGCAUUACCAAAAAGCACUUGAAAUCCGACAAAAAUCUCUUCCUCCAAAUCAUCCUGAAUUGGCUUCUUCCUACAAUAACAUCGGUAAUACUUAUGGUGGAAUGGGCGAAAAUUCGAAAGAACUUUUAUAUCACGAAAAAGCACUUGAAAUUCGACAAAGAACUCUUCCUCCAGAUCAUCCUGAUUUGGCUUUUUCCUACAAUAACAUCGGUUCGGCGUAUGCCGAAAUGGGAGAGUAUACGAAAGCACUUUCGUCUUUCGAAAAAGCCAUUGAAAUUCGACAAAAAUCUCUUCCUCCAAAUCAUCCUGAUUUGGCUCUUUCCUACAACAGCAUCGGUACGGUGUAUGAGCUCAUGGGUAAUUACCCGGAAGCACUUUCAUUUUAUGAACGUGCUGUUAAUAGUGGACAACGUUCAUUACCAUCAUAUCACCCUCAUCUUCAACUAUAUAUAAAGAACCUCGAAAAUAUGAGAAAAGAAAUGAUAAAGAUUUUUUCUUUUAGUGGCGUAACCGGAGGGGGAGCCUGGGGAGGUUCAGUUCCUUCAUUAAUCAGUUGA